AUGGUGAGCCUUUGCGCCGCUUCGUCUCUCUGCCGCGUGUGUCCACCUGCUGUGGCUCAUGAGAAAUCGGCCAAGGACCACGCCAAGGGUUUGGCCAGCUCACACCGCGAGGCCUUGGAGACAUACUACACUUGGGCCGCCAGUCGGAGUGAUGAAGGUUUGACGGCCGUGCUACAGUCUUUGGUGCUCUUGGAGCGCGAGUGGGAAAAGAGUCAGGGCCGCCAUGCCCGCGCGCUCAAGGCCAAAAAAGAGGCAUCCUCGUUGAUCCUUGCCUCGGAGCGGCGUAUCACUGAACUACAAAAGGCCGUUGACAAGGCGCGACGCCAAGAGCUGCAGGCUAGCCGAGAGGCGGCCAAAGCUUUGGGCCGUACACCGCAACAGCAGGAAAGGGCAGAUGCCAAGCUACGCCAGGCCACUCAGCAGCGGGAUGGGGCCGAGGCCACACACCAGAGCGCUGUCAUUGCGGGUGCUCGAACGAAUCGCAGCGCGCUCCGAGCCACGUGGCUCGAGUAUUACCAACACGUGGCUCGCAUGCAUGAAGAGGGUGCUCUUGUGGCCCGGCACUGUGCUGAGAUUGUGGCCACAUUACCGGACAGCGUGGACGAUGGAUAUGAUGAUCAUCUGCGCGAGCUGAACGAGCACAUAUUUAAUAACACCCUGACCCUGCUACAUAAGAUUCAGGCCCUGCCGAUCAAUGCACCACCCCCACCCUACGAAUUCCUUCCCAAUCUGCUUCUGCAUCUGAAAGCCCGAUCAGACACGGAAAGAGAGAGAGAGAGUGUGUGUGUGUGUGUGAGAGUGCAAGAGAGAGAGUUUUUGAAAUAA